CAAUUCAAAUCUCUCACUCUUUCCCUCUCCUGUAACUGAAUUUCUCUCUCCUGUAACUGAAUCGGCCUACAAAAACCAGGCCUCCUCCAUCAUUAUACUCUUUUACUUCCGCUUCAAAUUCUCCGUUACCAAAUUUCUGAAAUCUGAAAUCUCUUCGUUAUGGACACUGAUUCCGAUUCUCUCUUUCAUUUCAACGUCUUUCGGCCUGCUUCUGCUUUUGUCGCCGCCGCUGCUGCUUCCACUUCCGCUGUCGCCGCCCAAAAUUGCCGUCGGAAGCGUACCAAAUUGAUCAAAAUGAGCGAUCACGUUCUUGCGCCGUCGAGUUCCGGCGGCAUUGCGAAGCCGAAGUACGGGAAGAAGCCGGACCCGAGCGCGCCGAAGAUUACUCGGCCCUGUAGUGAGUGCGGGAAGAAAUUCUGGUCGUGGAAGGCUCUGUUCGGCCACAUGCGGUGCCAUCCGGAGCGUCAAUGGCGAGGAAUCAAUCCGCCGCCGAAUCUCCGGCGAUCGUCGGAAACGGCGACGGCGACGGAGGAAGAUCACGAAAUCGCGGCGUGUUUGAUCAUGCUCGCCAAUGGCCCCAAUGCGAUCGAUCGAACAACCGAAGCGGUUACCGAAACUGACCAGGAAUCCGAACCGGCAGUGGACGCGUUGAGCCGGUUCAUGGAGCGGACCGGUCCGCCAUUUAGCCGGUUCGAGUGCUCGAGAUGCAAAAAAUCGUUCGGGUCGCAUCAGGCCCUAGGAGGACACAGAGCGAGCCACAAGAACGUGAAGGGAUGCUUCGCCGGCGGGAGGACGGACGGCGGCGAGUUUUCCGACGCCGUCGAAGAGAACGGGGAAACGGCGAACGAGUGCAGAGUUUGUAUGAAGGUGAUGAAGAGGCGGCAUUGGGAGAAAGAAGAUGAAGAACAGCAAAAUUCUUCGGUGGGGAAGGAUUAUUUGGACUUGAAUCUGCCUCCUCCAAUGGAAGACGUUGAAGAAACCUCCUCCUAUUUUUCAGGGAUUGUUUUGGAUCUGAGAUUGGGUCUUUAAAUUCUUUUUUUUUCUUUGAUUUGGUUCUUUCCCGGAAAAGAAA